AUGGGUCUAUUCGCAAUCCCCGUCACGUUCACUGCUCCCAGGGCCACAUCCCCCCCCACAGCAACCAGCGAAGCACAUCCGGCGGAAGAUACCGACAAUAGCGACAAGGGCUACCUGAUUGCGCAUAACCUGGAAAAGAAAGAUGCCACGAUGCACUUGGCCACCAUGGCCCAAGUAAGCGUCAUGCGACGAAGCCUCGUUGAUCAACUUGACUUGACCCUAGAGGAAACCUCGGAUCUUCUGUCGUCUGACUACUAUUUAAGGAAAGACUACACUGUUUUGAAACCAGAUGGCAUCGUGCGGAAUGUCUCUUGGGGCUUUGACAGGGGGUCUGCUACUUAUCAGACGGACUUUUAUGCGCUCGACGGCCUGCAGGUCGAUGUUGUCAUUGUUUGUCGCUCUGCCAGCAUCAUGGCCACUGAGCGCCUGAUGAUUGUAGUGACCUGGCUUAGAACCGAAAGGCUAUCAAGUAUGGCUAUAACAUGGGAUUUCUGUAGAUGGGGGAUGUUCAAGGCAAAACGUGCGGAUAUUUUCCUUAUCGCUAAUGCGUAAGUUCUAUGAUCCGUCAAUUACAAUGCCUUGCGUCCCUUUUACCUCCUAGCAUAUAUAUGAGGACGCAUGAUUCUGACAUUCGGAGCUUUACCACGGCUCAGGUAACUAUCAUUAUGAAUGAAAACAAGCAUAGAAAUGAGCAAUUCCAACAUCAGCUUCUAGAAACGAUAGACCUAGGUAAUAAAACGCAUUCGACUCAUCAUGUUUAACUCAAUU